AUGAAGAGGAAGCAGGACAGCUCAAAAACUACUAAACUGAAUUUUCUGUACGCAGUAGAUGUGACUCUUGAUCCUGAUACUGCAAAUCUCUACCUCAUCCUGUCCGAUGAUGGCAAAAAAGUACAUUGUGGCGAUGUUAGGAAGAAUUUCCCAGACAACCCAAAGAGACUGUCCUCUUGUGCAGUCUUAGGAAAGCAGAGUUUCUCUUCAGGAAGAUUUUACUAUGAGGUUCAGGUUGAAGGGAAAACUAAAUGGGACUUAGGAGUGGCCAGAGAGUCGAUCAGCAGAAAGGGAGAGAACACACUGUGCCCUGAGAAUGGGUACUGGGCUGUUUGGUUAAGAAAUGAAAAUGAAUACAGAGCUCUUUCUGGCCCUUCUGUCCGUCUCUCUUUGAAGUCAAAGCCGAAGAGGGUUGGUGUGUUUGUGGAUUACGAGGAGGGUCUGGUCUUCUUUUAUGAUGUAGGUGCUGCAGCUCUCAUCUACUCCUUCAAUGGCUGCAACUUCACUGAGAAACUCUAUCCAUACUUCAGUCCAUGUCCAAAUGAUGGUGGGAAAAACUCUGCCCCUCUGAUCAUCUGUCCCAGUAGUAACACACAUUAGACUAAUCAUUAGACUAUAGGGCAGGGGACUCUCAGUAUUUUCUCAUCACACACACAGACAAUGAAUGUAAAACAUUAUAAUGUUGUGUUAGCUUAUUUACCAUUCCUCUCUUCCUCUACUGUUCUUUCAUUGCUCAGUCCUUCCCACCCAUCUUCCAAACUGCCCCCACCCCUCCCCACCCUCCACCCCCAUCACACUUCACCCCUCCCUCCUUGCUCGAUUCCUUCUGUCACCUUGCGUCCUCUGCUUCUUCUGCCGCUCCCACUGUCUUUGCUCUUUCCCACCGGUCCUCCCUCCUUUCUCCAUUUCUCCAUCCCUCCUGUCAGGUUUCUCUUGCCUCCCCCCUCCUUCCAUUUUGUCUCUCCUUUCUCUUCCCUUUCUCCCCUCUAUGGCAACAUCAGGGUGUUGAUGCAAAAGCAGCGGAGCAAAGUAGAGAAGGGAUAGAGUGGGGAUUGGUAUCAGAUGUUUUGCUGUUAUCUGAGAGGGACAGGAAGGACUGUUCUGCUCUCUCAACCUUCGUCAACGUCCUUGGCUGAGGAAAUGACAGUGGGGGACGCCUGGCCAUUGGAUUUAAACAACUGUCUGGAUAAACCGGGGUUGCUCAAGCUUCCUUGGACGUCACUCUUAAAGGCGUUCUAGAUGCAGUUUGGAAAAAUCAAGGACAAGAUUCUGGUUUUCUUUAAUUCUCACAAGAACUUUCAAUAUAUUUCUUUGCCAAAUCUGCUAAUGUUUAAUGGUAAUAAUAAGUUUAAAAAAAAAAGACUGUAGAUAUGUUGAUUUAUGUGCUAUUUUGUGUUUCCAUGCCGAGAUGUGAUGCUUGCACAUUUAUAUCACAAGUGUGUCUCUAAUACUGACCUGACUAAUGGAUUUUAAAAUUGUUUUAUGUUCUUUUUUCUGACCCAUAACAGACAAAUAAAGUGUACUGCAUUGAAAUUGCGGAUC